AAACAAGAAAUUAAUGGACUAAUUGCUUUCAGAAGCCUGUAAAAAGCAAUUAAAAUAUUAUGGUAUUUUGCAAACGCUUAUUCGACAAUAAUAAAUUGAAUAAUUUGACUGAGGCAUGCAGUUUUAUAGGUUGAUUAUUAAGUGCUUCCUGGCAGGGUUCGCCCGCUUAUAUAGUUGCAAACAGUUACUUCCCCUUUCAAAGUUAUUUCAGUUGAUUUAUUCUGUAAUUCUCAUUUAUCAGGAACCAUUAUGACAUCUCCAGUGACGACCGAACAAUUCUCCCUAAGGUGGAACAACUUCCACUCGAACUUGAAAUCGGGGUUCCACGAGCUGUUGCAGCAUGCGGAAAUGGUGGACGUGACUCUGGCUGUGGACGGGCACUUUUUGCAAGCGCACAAGGUGGUUUUAUCCAUAUGCAGUCCGUAUUUUAAGAAGAUGUUUCGGGAGAACCCCUGCAAGCAUCCGAUAGUGAUCAUGAAGGAUGUCGGACACGAGAACAUGAAGGAUAUUUUACAGUUCAUGUAUAUGGGGGAGGUGAGCGUGCUUAGAGAGAAUCUAUCGUCGUUUUUAAGGACCGCGGAAACCCUUCAAGUUAAAGGGUUAACUGGGGAUGAUACGAAUGACGAGGCGAAAGUAAAAAAAGAGCAAAAACCGCCGGAGACUCCGACCCCCGAAAUCGACGAGAACGAAAUGUACGGGCACUUGAUCGAAACCACCGAGGUGGAGGUGCCGGUUCAGUACGUACAUCGGAGCGCUACUUCGCCUCCGCAAACCUCCCCGUUACCGCUCAACUGUACCCGUAAACAACAAUCGCAAAAGUCCACGUCGCCGCAAAACGCGAAACGCCAAAAAUGCACGGAGUCGUCGGGUUACGCGUACAAACCCUCCGAACCGGAAACGACGCCAAAGCCACCUAGCGAUAGUAAUAAUUUCAAUAGCUGUGAUUUGACCGGGAACAAUCAUAAUAAAUCGACGAACGAAAGCGACGAAGCCAAAGAUUAUUCAAAGAAUCGACCGGCCGGAUUGUGGUCCGGCAACGUCGGAGGUGCGCCCAUUGGAGAUACCGUCGCUGGCGUCGGUAUGGAGCAGACCACCUCCGAACAAGGUCCAAAAUCGGACAGUCGAAUACAAAAAAACGGAUACCAGUGCGACCAAUGUCUGAAAAAGUUCUCCAGGAGAGACCAUCUACGCACCCACGAGAAAAACAUACACGGAUCACACGCGGGCCCAUUUAAAUGCAUAAUUUGCGAGCAACUGUACAAGAACACCGAGAGUUUACGGAAACACAUAUCCAAGUUUCACUUUACGAACAUUAACGAUUUGGGUUGUAAAAUCGAGGUAAAAGCUUGACAACGUGUUUUGGGCGGUUUUUUUUUCUUGUUGGUUGAAUAAUACUCAGGUUUGUAUUAAAGUUAGUGAAACGAUGGAGUGUAGACGAAGGGAAACUUAAGUGAUUUAUGUGCCUUAUUUGAAGUUUGUAUGGAAGAAUGUGUUUUUUUUUUUAAAGGAAAAAGUUGAAUACUUAUGAGUGUACCGUAAGUUGAGGCUAAUCUGGAACUAAUGGUCGAUAAACAGCUUUAUUAUAUUUUAGACGAGGGACACAACCCAAAUAAAUUGUAGUCACUGAGUGAUUGAACUUGUCACAAUAUGUAUAAAGAAUACUCUUUCUGAACAUCAUGCUUUUUGUUUUAUAAAGACAGUCCAAGUAGUAUUUGAGAUGUUGGACUUUAAAGUGAGUGAUCAACUUGGAGAUCAGACACAGUCCAACGACUCCACUGCUUAAAAACGCGAAUAUUCUCCAAAUAUUUCUUAAACUGGUUUACACCUUAAACACUAUUUACAAAGAAUACUUUUCUGAACAUCAUGCUUUUCGUUUCAUAAAGAUUGUCCAGGUAGUAUUUGAGUUAUUGGACUUUAAAGUGAGUGAUCAACUUGGAAAUCAGACACAGUCCAAGGACUCCACUGCUUAAAAAUGCGAAUAUUCUCCAAAUAUUUCUUAAACUGGUUUACACCUUAAAUACUAUUUACAAAGAAUACUUUUCUGAACAUCAUGCUUUUCCUUUCAUAAAGAUUGUCCAGGUAGUAUUUGAGUUAUUGGACUUUAAAGUGAGUGAUCAACUUGGAAAUCAAACACAGUCCAACGACUCCACUGCUUAAAAAUGCGAAUAUUCUCCAAAUAUUUCCUAAACUGGUUUACACCUUAAAUACUAUUUACAAAGAAUACUUUUCUGAACAUCAUGCUUUUCCUUUCAUAAAGAUUGUCCAGGUAGUAUUUGAGUUAUUGGACUUUAAAGUGAGUGAUCAACUUGGAAAUCAAACACAAUCCAACGACUCCACUGCUUAAAAAUGCGAAUAUUCUCCAAAUAUUUCCUAAACUGGUUUACACCUUAAACACUAUUUACAAAGAAUACUUUUCUGAACAUCAUGCUUUUCGUUUCAUAAAGAUUGUCCAGGUAGUAUUUGAGUUAUUGGACUUUAAAGUGAGUGAUCAACUUGGAAAUCAGACACAGUCCAAGGACUCCACUGCUUAAAAACGCGAAUAUUCUCCAAAUAUUUCUUAAACUGGUUUACACCUUAAACACUAUUUACAAAGAAUACUUUUCUGAACAUCAUGCUUUUCGUUUCAUAAAGAUUGUCCAGGUAGUAUUUGAGUUAUUGGACUUUAAAGUGAGUGAUCAACUUGGAAAUCAGACACAGUCCAACGACUCCACUGCUUAAAAAUGCGAAUAUUCUCCAAAUAUUUCUUAAACUGGUUUACACCUUAAACACUAUUUACAAAGAAUACUUUUCUGAACAUCAUGCUUUUCGUUUCAUAAAGAUUGUCCAGGUAGUAUUUGAGUUAUUGGACUUUAAAGUGAGUGAUCAACUUGGAAAUCAGACACAGUCCAACGACUCCACUGCUUAAAAAUGCGAAUAUUCUCCAAAUAUUUCCUAAACUGGUUUACACCUUAAACACUAUUUACAAAGAAUACUUUUCUGAACAUCAUGCUUUUCGUUUCAUAAAGAUUGUCCAGGUAGUAUUUGAGUUAUUGGACUUUAAAGUGAGUGAUCAACUUGGAAAUCAGACACAGUCCAAGGACUCCACUGCUUAAAAACGCGAAUAUUCUCCAAAUAUUUCUUAAACUGGUUUACACCUUAAACACUAUUUACAAAGAAUACUUUUCUGAACAUCAUGCUUUUCGUUUCAUAAAGAUUGUCCAGGUAGUAUUUGAGUUAUUGGACUUUAAAGUGAGUGAUCAACUUGGAAAUCAGACACAGUCCAACGACUCCACUGCUUAAAAAUGCGAAUAUUCUCCAAAUAUUUCUUAAACUGGUUUACACCUUAAACACUAUUUACAAAGAAUACUUUUCUGAACAUCAUGCUUUUCGUUUCAUAAAGAUUGUCCAGGUAGUAUUUGAGUUAUUGGACUUUAAAGUGAGUGAUCAACUUGGAAAUCAGACACAGUCCAACGACUCCACUGCUUAAAAAUGCGAAUAUUCUCCAAAUAUUUCCUAAACUGGUUUACACCUUAAAUACUAUUUACAAAGAAUACUUUUCUGAACAUCAUGCUUUUCGUUUCAGAAAGAUUGUCCAGGUAGUAUUUGAGUUAUUGGACUUUAAAGUGAGUGAUCAAAUUGGAAAUCAGACACAGUCCAAGGACUCCACUGCUUAAAAACGCGAAUAUUCUCCAAAUAUUUCUUAAACUGGUUUACACCUUAAAUACUAUUUACAAAGAAUACUUUUCUGAACAUCAUGCUUUUUGUUUCAUAAACAUAGUCCAACUAGUAUUUGAGUUAUUGGACUUUAAAGUGAGUGAUCAUCUUCUUUUAUCGGUCCCUAUUUAUUUGAUAACUUCGGAAUAGUGGACUAGGACUGUCCGGUCGACGCCAUCUCUAGGGACUUCCCUAAAGCGUUUGACAGUGUAAAUCGUCAUUAAUUCUUGUAAUUGUUGACUUUUUGCUAAUGACAUGCAAUCGUAGCAAAAUUUGUAAUUUUUUGGUGCUAAUAGGUGUCACAGUAGUUAGACAACAAGUUGAUAUAUAAAGAUUUUGCAGACUGUAGCGCUCUAGCGAUGUACUGAAGACCCUUGGAUUGCUUAUAGGAAAAUCCUCUUUUUUUCCAGUGCUGGUCCCUAUGGAGAAUGGCAAAUUGACCAUCCACGUUCUACUGUACCUGAUUUGAUAGAGGCAAAUUUCCUUCUUCUUUGAAUUCCUCAAAAAUAAUUCCAAUACACAAGUUCGGAGUGCUGGUUCACUCUCACAGUGAUUGAGUUUUUGUUGCUGUUUUUUGCGACUUUACCACUCUCAGUCCGGGAUGCCUCUACUGGAGUACUGUAAACUAAUAACUUCAAAGAUCCUGCAGGCCUGUCUUCACCGAUCCAGCUUUAAAAUGUCACGAAUUGUUCCGGUUAAGCUCAGUUUAUGGUACACUUUAUUAUUUUAAUUAGUCACUAAUUAUAUUGCAUUUUAGUCAAUAAAUUUAUGUGUGUUUAACCAGAAGUCAAUUUAAGGGCUCGAGAUAAUUAUGGUAUUUUAGUUGUCGUUACCAAUAUUGUUUUAAUACUACUCAACCAGUGAAAUUCAUAAGCAUCAUAUAAAAGUUAGGUUAAUACGUCGGUGUUUUUAGGUUAUUACUUGUGUGAUUUAUUAAGAAUUAUAUUUUAAAAUAUGUUAUUUAAUUAAGUAGUCAUUUGAGGGACAUUUGUGUUCUUUUUUGGAUAAUAAAGAUUAACUCUGUA